GAAGGUGACGAUUAGUUCGAAAGCGCUGAAAUUCAAUCGCAGAUGUCGGAUCACCAUGGCAACUCAAUUACCCUAUAUAACGCAGGGUCACCAGAAACACGACGUCCAUUGGAUGGUGAUAUCUCCAGGCCACAGUGGGGUUUUGUGUGUAGCUUGUUUGGUGGAGCAGGUCGAGAAUGAUGAAGCCCCACUUGUACAGAGGAAAGUCGUCCUGUCGUUGUUGGCCAGUCUUCUUGGAGACAGUAAAGAAGUAGCAGCCAAGUUUGAAGAAAACCUGUUACUUUGUAGACACAUGAUUGACAUUGUGACAGGCAGUUUUUUCAAACAUGACCAGCAUGUGGAUCCAGCAAUUAAAGUGUGUCAGCUGAUACUGGAGACUGCUGAAUCAGAGGAUUUGGUCUGGUACGCCAUAGACAAGUUCCACUUCCAGUUACAAGACAGCCAGGACCUGGUGUCUGUCUCACCCUACUUGCUGCUGCUUGGGAGGCUGCUGGUUAUUUCUCCUGCAUAUGGAUUUCACCUUCUCCACAAACACGAAUCUCUUCUUCUCCUUGUACUAAGGUUACUGAGUCAAACGUCAGAUGAAAGCUGUUUGUGUUCUGUAAUCUACAUCUUCAUCCAUCUGUUGGACGACUCUCUGCAAUCAGACGUGUCCCUUGAUGUGAGGUGUGGUGUCAAUCAGGUUCUGGUGUCUCUCCUCACUUGUGCUGAAUCUCUGGACCUGAGAGUCAAUCUACUGGGUGAGUUAGGUCCACAGUCAGGUAUGUCCCUUGAUGUGAGGUGUGGUGUCAAUCAGGUUCUGGUGUCUCUCCUCACUUGUGCUGAAUCUCUGGACCUGAGAGUCAAUCUACUGGGUGAGUUAGGUCCACAGUCAGGUAUGUCCCUUGAUGUGAGGUGUGGUGUCAAUCAGGUGCUGGUGUCGCUCCUCACUUGUGCUGAAUCUCUGGACCUGAGAGUAAAUCUACUGGGUGAGUUAGGUCCACAGUCAGGUAUGUCCCUUGAUGUGAGGUGUUGUGUCAAUCAGGUUCUGGUGUCUCUCCUCACUUGUGCUGAAUCUCUGGACCUGAGAGUCAAUCUACUGGCGCUUCUCAAAAACAUCCUGAAGCACACAGAUGAAAACACUGUGAAGCUGUUGAUGGCACCCAACUCUGACAACAAGUAUUUGGUGAUGGGACUCAAGAAGAUGUUGAUCACCAAGCAGGAGGUGCUGCAGACGGCCUCUGCUCACUGUGUGACGGCGUUGAUGUCCUGCUCCAAGGAUGAAAGUACAGUCACUCAGAUCCUGGAGAGUGACCUAGCUGAAUUUCUCUUUGAGUCUUUGCAUUCACAAAGUGGUCCUCAACUGGAUUCUGUGUACCAGUGCCUCCAUCUGCUCACAGAUUAUGAACAAUUCUUCACACGCUGCCAUGCAGUCUACGAUUUGGUGAUAUGA